GAAAUUUCUGUCUUAGUGCAUCACAGUAUUUAUCUGUCACAAGAACAUGGAGAGCAACCAGACAUGGAUCACGGAAGUCAUCCUACUGGGAUUCCAGACUGACCCAGCCCUGGAGUUGCUCCUCUUUGGAAUUUUCCUGCUAUUCUAUAGCUUCACCAUGAUGGGAAAUGGGAUUAUUUGGGGGCUCAUCUGCCUAGACUCUAGACUUCACACCCCAAUGUACUUCUUCCUGGCACACCUGGCCAUCGUUGACAUGUCCUAUGCCUCAAGCACAGUCCCUAAGAUGCUAGUAAAUCUCGUGAUGCACACAAAAACCAUCUCCUUUGGUCCGUGCAUAUUUCAGACUUUUUUGUAUUUGGCUUUUGCUGUUACAGAGUGUAUGAUUUUGGUGGUGAUGUCCUACGAUCGGUACGUAGCCAUCUGCCACCCCUUACAAUACACCCUCAUCAUGAGCUGGAGAGUGUGCACUGUCCUGGCUUCCACCUGCUGGAUAUUUAGCUUUCUUUUGGCUCUGGUCCAUGUUAGUCUCAUUCUGAGGCUGCCCUUUUGCGGGCCACAAAAAAUCAAUCACUUUUUCUGUCAAAUCAUGUCAGUGUUCAAACUGGCCUGUGCUGACACCAGGCUCAAUCAAGUCGUCCUCUUCGCAGGCUCUGUGUGUGUUUUGGUGGGGCCCCUCUGCCUGGUGCUGGUCUCCUACUCACGCAUCCUGCUGGCCAUCCUGAACAUCCAGUCUGGGGAGGGCCGCAGAAAGGCCUUCUCCACCUGCUCCUCCCACCUCUGCGUGGUCGGGCUCUUCUUUGGCAGCGCCAUCGUCAUGUACAUGGCCCCCAAGUCCAGCCACUCUCAAGAACAGAGGAAGCUUCUAUCAUUGUUUUAUAGCCUUUUCAACCCCAUGCUGAACCCCCUGAUCUACAGCCUGAGGAACGCAGAGGUGAAAGGGGCCUUUAGGAGAAUUCUUUGGAAGCAGAGGUCAAUGUGAAGGAUGGUUUGUGAUAUCCUGAGUGUGUGAGCCUGGUUCUCAUGAUCCCGGGUUCGUAAAUUUCCUUUCGGUCCUUUCAUUUACCAAACCCAAAGCUCUGUAUCUUUGGACUUCUUAUAAAAUGAGAAAAUAACUACUCUAACUGUUUAAGUCACAGACACUAAACCUG